AAGUUUCAACUGCACGCUUUGGACACUACACACAUGCAAACACACACAGAGAUGAGCUCUGCCUUUGAAGCGAAAACACUGAAUUUCAUGCACUGGAUUUGAGAAACGUCGGAUUCUUGCUCCAUAUGAGGAAGAAAAUCUUGAAAGCACCUUGUCUCUUCUUGAGUCUACUAACGAGUCUGAAUCUCUGCUCUGGAAAAUUUGGAGCUCCAAUAACUGAUGAUGUGAGCAAGCUGUCAAUAUUGAAGCAGAAUAUUCCCUCUGAUUAUGAGAUUCCUGUUAGUUACAUUCCCAAAGAAGUGGCUGGCACGUGCUGGGUGGUGUUAAAUAUCUAUCCUUUGGAGCAAAGUCUGCGCAAGCUGGCCAACAUGUUCGGUGCCAUCUCCUCCAACAAAGAAAACAUAAUCGUCUUCAUCGCAAUGCUCAAGAGUUUGCGCUUCACCUUUGACCACGAGGAACUGGAAACAGCGAUGCAAGUCUUCCAGUGCCACUACCAGGAGGGCAGCUUACUGUCUGGCCUUUACUUCGACUACAUCAAAGACGUCUUACAAUCUGCUGCUCAAGGAACAUCCGGCUUCUCGUGCAAGCCGCCGCCAUGCCUUAAUCUCCAACAUACACCAGGGAGUCAGGAGGAGAAUCGUGGAUACAGCUGGGCCAGGAGAACUCCUCUGCUUUUGGUUCUCAUCCCCUUCAUAGCUUGUGUUGUUCUCAUAGUUUGGCUGGUCAAGUCUGGAAGGCUUUUACCGAUGUGCAACACUGAAAAUAGCCAAAUGGCACCUUCUGACAUGAUCCCAACUGUGUCUAUCUCCAUCCCACUUCAAACACUCGCCCACGCUGCUGACACUCAGCCGGUGGGGGAGGAGAUCGACGAACAUGAAAGUGGAUGAAGCGUGAUUAAUAAAGAAGGGGGAAAAAAAACUGGACAGCAGUAUAGCAACUUGCUCUCCAGGUUGUUUCUGUUAUUGGCAGGAGCCGGCUGGAUAAACGAGAGCAGUCUGACACUCCUCUGCUUUCAGUCGUCUGAGUUCACCGACCAGAGCUAUUUCGCGAGAGAAAACUCACCUGCUGUGAAGGCACGUGUAUUACAAAAUUAACCCCCCGGCACUUCUUUGGAGGCAAGAACUCUCAGCACAAUACCUGGUCAUCUGCCAAAAUGACUGGCAACGAGGUGCAUGCGCUGCCUCGCCUCGGCUGGUGUUCUGACCUGUUCUGAGCUUUUGUUUUUUCCUGCCACUCUGAAGUGGUGUCGCUCAGGGUGUUGUUGUGCCUCAAAUCCAAAUGAUAUCACACUGUGUGGAGGACUUUUUGUUUUAUUCUGCAGUCAUCAACUUGUUGACUUUCCUCUCGCUGCAUUCUGAAUUCCUACCUGCUCCUGUUAUUCUGAUUUCUGCUAAAAAUGCAUCCGCAGUAUAUGCAAAGAGGCACAUUCCUACCAUUACAGUCUGCAGAGCAACAACUGAAGCUGCACUUUCUAACGCAGCCUGUCUUGUUCUUCUCGUUGACAUUAUUAUGAUCUGUCAUCUGUCACAAAUUGCAAACCCGCUAGUCACAAACAACACGCUGAGCAGUUCAACAAGCGUCCUACUUUGUGUAUCAAAGAUCUGACCAGAUGGCAGAUAGCCAUCGCCAGAGGCACUUUGAAUCCGCUCAUUGUAUUUCAAAGCUGUUGCCCAGUGAUCUAUAGCUGCUGCUCGGCCACAGAGAGUGUGUUAGAGUUUUUAAUGCCUUAUUCACCAAGUCAAUCAUGUUCAGUCAUGAGAACAUGACUCCCCCGAGUGUGAGCGCUCUUGUACUGUAUGUGUCAGAGACAGCGAGCGAGAGGGAGGACAGGCAGGACAAGAGGAAGUGAGGCAGAUAGGGAUGGGUAGACGGACGGACGGAUGAGCUCAGUGAGAAGCAUAAGGAGGGCUUGUUCUCGUCACAAAAGAACUGGCCGUAGGCUGGAGGAAAUGCCAGUUACAAACACGGCCGAUGUCCACAGAUCCCUAUGAAUCAACAGGCUAAGAAUCUCUCCAGACCGCAGGCUACGUAGCCUCAUCUACAGGGCCUGGUUAGUAUUUCAAUAACAGUUUUCUGAAUUCAAAUGAUUUACUUCCAAAACAUGAAACAUGGAUGUAUCUUUAUUAAAAUGUUUGAAAUAUUUUCCUGGUGCAGACAAGAUCAAAUCAUCUUUUUACGGACCACUUUGUAUUGCUUUCAUUUUUGUAUUUUGUGAAAAUGUGUAUUUGUUUUGUACAUAAGAUAUUUAAUUUAUUUUGUUACUGGAUGAACCACUUACAAAAUGUAAGGAUUUUUUUUUUUUUCUAACAGUUGCAGUGUUGAAAAUGAAAAACAGACCUAUUCAAGCCAUGAAUGUACAGGGGGUAGACAAAAUACUGUGAACACACAAGGGAAAUGAAUCAGCGUUACAAAAAAAUACUACAGCGGUUGGUCACAUUUUGUCAGACCCUAAUAUGAAAUAGUUUCUCGGUUCGUACUCUCUGUUUCUGCAAUUUGUCUUUGACUUUUCAGCCUGAUAGUCUGUGUGACUGAAUCUCCUGUAGUUUGGGAAGAUGUUUCAUGUGUUGCUCUGAUAAUUCACACAUGACAGUGCUGAUUGUUAGACGUCUUUUACACCUAUAGUUAGUUAGCAUUCAGUGAAAAUGAUACACCCCACAUUUAUAGCAGCUUUUAUUGUGAAGUUGUUGUUGUUGUUUUUUUCAAAGAAAUAUUGAUAUUAUUUUGUUAAUCCCUGCAACGGGACUUAUGAGCAAAUAUGUGUCACUGUUGUAUGUGUGUAGUGUGUGUACGUAAAUUCUGAUACUAUAUGUCAACAAUGUAAAACUAUAUAAAGUGUGUUGUUUCCAUCACA